AUGAAGUUUUAUAAUUUUAUUUUAGUUUUUGCAACAUUAACAAUCAUUUCUUUUGCUAUAUUACCAAUAAAAUCACAAAAUAUUUUCACUUAUGAAGACAUACCAUCUGUGAACGCCAGCGACAGCACACCAACGAUAUUUAAAUUAGUUAGUUAUGAUGAUAACACGAUAGUUGUUCAUAUAAUUCGUCCAGAUUUAUCAUACCCUAUUGAAAAAGGUAUACUUUGGGUUGAUAAAUACUUGUCACUUCGCACGAUUUAUCCCAAUGGGAGCGUUGUACCUGUUGAUAUUAAAUUGGAUAUACAAGACUUUAACUAUUGUAUCUUGGACAUUAACGGAAGUCAGGCGAGCCCCAUUAGAAUUUAUCCUAUAAGAAGUAAUUUUCUGAUAGUGACUUAUGCGGAAACCACGAAUUUAACUGAUCCAUUAAGUUAUACUGAUUGGGCAAUGGUUGUUGACUUAAAUGGAAAUAUUUACAGUAAAAUUUCAUUUGGUCCGAGCUUUGUUGAUGUUGCUACGAAUCAAUGGUACCCUGACCGAGCUAAGAUUUUUGCAAACUUUGAUCCCGACAAAGGAUUUAUCCGUUACACACCUGUAACAGGUUCUACGAAUACAAUCUGGCAGCAAUACAUAGUGACCGAAGCGGGAGAAAUAAAUCUACUUGCGCAAGAUAACAUACCUUUCAAAAAUAAUCUUAGCCUUUUAAGUAAUGUCAUUCCAAUGGUGGACAGUAAAUAUGCGAUUGUUUUUGCCAAUUCUACGGAUGUGGACACAAUAGACAGUCCUUUGACUUCAAGAGGGGGAGUCUACAUCAUAAUAUUAGAUUAUAGCCUUGCAAUUAAAAGAGAACCAGCUGUGCUUUAUCAAACUCAAAUUCAAGGAAUUAAAUUUAUUAACAUUGAUUGCAGUGUUUCUUACGUAGGAAUUGGACAGACUUGUAUUGUAACAAGCGAAUCUACAAUUAGAGCAGAAAAAAAAUUAUAUCUUAAAAUUGAUUUUCUUUCAUCUGGAACCGUAAUAAACGUUUUGCCAUUAAUGAAUGAUAUCCAAACGAAUCCGUUAAUUGAUCAAUACAAUAUUGCGUCGUUACCGUAUGGCGGUUAUUUAUUAAGUGGAUUAGGAACAUCUGAUGGUCAAAAUAUAGUUGCCGGUUAUCUUUUAGGUGACAAUGGUGAAUCUUUUCCUUGGAACCUUCCAAUUAAUACCGUGACAAACUUUAUAGGAGCAUCAAAAGUUUUAAGGAAUAAUACAUAUGUACUUGCUCAGCUGGGAGAGAAACCAAAUUGGUCUUUGGUCACCACUGAAUUGAAGAAGUUUGAGUUAGAACGAGAUCAUGGGUAUGAUAAUUUCCACAUCGACACUACAUCUCCUGUCCUUGAUGAAAAAAUUGCCCUCGAUAUAGAGUCCCUUAAAAUUAUAUAUUAUAAUGAAGUUGAUUUGUCAGUUGGUCUCAUUAAAAUUUUUCAUGAAAAUGGUAAUUUACGUCAAAUCAUUCCUGGAACCAACGACACAUUUGUAACUCAAAAUGUAGAUGGAAAUUUAACCACGGUUAAUAUCAAAUUAUUGAAUUGCACAUUAAAUCAACCUGGUAGUAGAUACUAUGUUUCGAUUGAAAAUAAUUUUGUAAAGAGCCGAGUUUACCAAGAACCUCUCUAUGGUGUAAAAGAUCAUGUUUGGACGUUUACAACACCUCAAAUAGAAGAAGAAUUUUCGGAGAGCGUAAAUGGACAAGUUCGAUUGACUGCAAAUGGGACAGUAUAUUUCGAAAGUCUUAACGAGAGAGAACGCAAAAUUUUCACUACGAAAUUAACUGAAGAAUUGGCUGAUGCAAUUCCCGUCAGUCAUAAACGUGUAACUACCAAUGAAAGGAUUGAAACUGACGCUUUGGCUCCUCAAAAACAAAUCUUUUUAUCUAUUAACAUCAAUCAAGAUGAAACUAGAAAAGAAAGAACUGUAAAAUUUGCUAUUCGUGAUUUAGAUAAUUUGAUUAAGAAUAAGUUUAUCACUGUUAUUGCAUCCGGUGAAGCUUCAAAAUAUUUAGAUGAUAGUUAUGGAUACCAUCGACUUCCUGAUCCGUUGUUCACUCAUGGUCUCCUUGGAGCAUUUGCAGUAGGAUUAAUGAUUUCUGGAGUGUUCUUUUUCGCCAAAGAUAAAUUGCCUGGUGUAAAAGAUACCACAAUUUUUUUAUUUAAAUUUUGUGUUGCUAUUUCUGAUAUUGGGUUGGAUUGGGUUUUUAUUAUUACGAAAGCGAAAAACGUUGGAUUAUUUAUUCCAAGUCUUGUAAUUUUGAUAGGUUCAUUUAACGUAAGUUUGGUAUUGGCAUUAAGAAUUAUUGACAAAGAACUAAGAGAUAUUGAACAAGCAGAAAAGGCCAAAAAUGAAUCAGUUCAAGAAGAAAAUUCCUCAGUACAAGCAGAUAACUUCAAAGUUUGGUUUAAUAAAAAUAAUAUAUUUGUGAAUGUAUUCACUAUUUUGGCAGGAACCGAUCUUGACAUUUUAACUUUACUUGAUUCUAAAGUAAAGUUUGGAGGAUUUGUUGAGUUUAAUGCUAAUUUUUCUAAAAAAACAGUACAAAGAAUUGUUAAGUAUUCAUGCAUUAACAUUAUUCUUGAAAAUAUUCCUCAAUUAGUUAUUCAGAGCGAUAUAUUACGAUACUAUACCUUUAUUAAAGCUUUUGACGAAAAUGGUGAUGAGAAUUCUGCACAUGCUUAUGCUAAAGAUCCUUCUUUUUAG